CAGGUUUGACAUUAAAAAGAAAAAUGCUGCUGUCGGUGCCACGGGCAGGAUUUAGUCCGUAUCCCUAUUCUAACCGUUCAUCAAAGAAGCAGCCCUAUGCCCCAACAGCCCAGCAGAUGGCUCCGCCCAGUCCCAGCACCAACAGCAGCAGUAACAGUAGCAGUGUCGGAGGGGAACAACUGAGUAAAACCAACCUGUACAUUCGUGGGCUCCACCCUGGCACGACUGACCAGGACCUCGUCAUGCUCUGCCAACCGUACGGCAAAAUAGUUUCCACAAAAGCCAUUCUGGACAAGACAACCAACAAGUGCAAAGGCUAUGGGUUUGUGGAUUUCGACAGUCCUGCUGCUGCACAGAAGGCAGUGUCUGCGCUGAAGUCCAGUGGGGUACAAGCCCAGAUGGCAAAGCAACAAGAACAGGACCCAACAAACCUGUACAUCUCCAACCUGCCACCAUCCAUGGACGAGCAGGAGCUCCAGAACAUGCUCAAACCCUUUGGACAGGUCAUUUCCACCAGGAUACUGCGGGAUGCCAAUGGUACCAGCCGAGGGGUUGGCUUCGCCAGGAUGGAAUCAACAGAGAAAUGUGAAGCAAUCAUUGCUCAUUUCAACGGGAAAUUCAUUAAGAUGCAGCCGGGAGUUCCAGCUCCUUCGGAACCUCUGCUGUGCAAGUUUGCAGACGGCGGGCAAAAGAAACGGCAGAAUCAGAACAAGUACCUGCAGAAUGGCAGAGCCUGGCCCAGAGACGGGGAGCCGGUAAGGAGCGUCUCUUGCAUCUGUCCCCUGGGGCUUCCUCACUUACUGCAGCACGAGGGUACAAUGACACUGACCUAUGACCCAACCACUGCUUUGCAAAAUGAAUUUUAUUCCAGUCCAUACAGUAUUGCGCCCAACAGGAUGAUCGCGCAGACAUCCAUCACACCUUACAUCACCUCGCCUGUGUCCUCAUUUCAGGUCCAUAACCCUUCCUGGAUGCACCACCAAUCAUACCUUAUGCAGCCUAUGGGAACAGUAAUAACCCCCACAAUGGACCACACCAUGUCGAUCCAACCCACGUCAAUGAUGGGACCAUUAACCCAACAGCUUAGUCACCUCUCCCUGGGCAGCACAGGCACGUACAUGCCAGCCACCACGGCAAUACAAGGGACGUACAUUCCCCAGUACAACCCAAUGCCUCCCUCCAACGUGUCUGUUGAGGAACCCAGUGGCCAGCAGCAGCAGGUUGCUAUGGAAACGUCCUCUGAACCUGCAAGCUAUUCCUACCAGCACAGCAAGUAAACUUGAGAUGUGAGACUGAGAACGUGAAAGAAUCAGCUCUCCUGAAUCGCUGUGAACCAGAAACCCAAACUGCUCUGGAGGGGGAAAAUACAAAGAGAAAUUUUUUGCACAAGAUUUGGAAACAAAAAAAAAACACACACAAAAGCUUUUCCUUUUAUUUGUAAGACAUUCAACAAAGAAAGAAAAAAAAAACACAGCUAUUUUGAUAAACUUUCUACUUCAGUUUAAGCAGGCAUACCAAACCGGUGGCAGAAUGUGGAAAAGAGGUUUAUUUUGAUACAGGAAAGAGAGCUUAUUUUUUUGGAAGUGCAUCUAUUGCAAAUCAUUAUUUAAGCAUUCUGAAACUGCUCAGAGUGAGAGAGGAGAAGAUUACACAUCAAAUGUCUUUUUAACAGUGAUUAGUUUUUUUUUGGUUUUGUAAAAUAUCCAGGUUCUGGCCUUCACUUGGUGAAAGCUUUGGCCAUGUACAGUUGCGAUCUUACAAUGAUUUGAUUUAUCUGUUGCUGCAAUUGCAAUGCUGUGGUGUUUAGUGCAAUUUCAGGUUUCUCCUUUUUAAUGACCUCUGUGGGAACACGCUAACAGAAAAUCAAAAGAAAACACAACUUCAAAUUACUGCUUCUCUUCAUUGCUCCUUUACAAAUUCACCCUCCCUCCCCUCACAGAUUCAAUAACAAUUGUCACCGUGAUUACACUUUUAAACGGUGGCCUCCAUUUAUAAAAAAGUGGCUUCAAGGACCGAGUUAAGGAUCUCCAGCCUUGAAAGUGGAUCGAGUUCCCAAGCCGUAAAGGAGGCCAUUCAGCCCGAAACAUUCAGCCUGUUUUGACUGAUGCCGCACACCUGCCUUUUCACCAGCACCAACCCUCCCUGCACCUCCUUCCUUUCCCAGGACAUACCCCUUGGGAAGUUACUAUUGAGUCUCCCGUUGCAUCUCGUUGCAUUUUAACAAUUCUUACCUGACCUCCACCAUCACCACAGUCCCCUCAUGGGUAAAAUUGGCACAAAGGAAGCCUCCGACCAGUAACUGUUAGCACCACUGCACAAUGCCUCUGGGAUUUCACAGGGUGAGACUUAUGACCUCGAUGCCCAACAGCUUCAGAGAGGAAUCGUAGUGCUCCACCCAGCGGGAGCCUUUGGGAUUUGACUGGCUGCCGUAAAGGGAGGCACCAGCAAACUAAUAGAUUAAAGGGGCUUUCCUUGACAACUUAUUACAAAGGGUCUCCUUGGGUCUGAGCUGAGUGGCUCCGCUAUAUUUUAAAAGGAAGCAGAAAGCUUCUUAAAGAGUGAACCAUUAACCGGAGACAGGAAAGGAUCAUGCUCACUCAGAAAGCCAGAUAGAAUUCCAGUGUUAAAGGCCCUCAUGUUGGUCUUGGUGCCUUUAUGCAUUGUGGAGGGGAAUUAUCCAGAUAUGAAGCCCAUUCCAACCAUGGCCCGUGCUGGUAAGUUUAUCGUGGAUUGCCCUCUGCUAUUUUAAGUAAGACAACAAUAAACAAGUGGUAAUGCUGACCUCUCUGCAAUUCUCAAUAUUCAUCAAACCCCAUCAUUGAAAGUGGGAGUUGCUUCUAAAUUUGUUGUUGGGAGCGGCAGGGAGAAUUGUGUGAGUUUUCUUGUGGUCCCUGUUAAACAACUCACUGCCUUUGACUUUGCAGGUUUUGAGUAACAAACCGAAAGGUAAAUGUAAGCCGUGCCUUUUAAUCACUCAAGGGCAGUGCAGCUGCUUAGAAUAAUCCAUUUGGAAGAAUGCAAUUAGUUUAAGGGAUUUGAAUGGGAGCAAAACGAUGCCCGCAGAGACUCACAGUGUGAGGAAGCAGUCAGCUCAUUUUAAAGUUGCUCCUGUUAAAUUGUUCAUCGACAGCUAGCUGAUCAAAGACCAUACAGUGAAAAGAAAACUGUAUGUGCAUGGAUCAGUCAGGUAGCUUUGGUCUGUGUCUGGGUAUAGUUGGCAGGUGACCAUAGUAACCACCCGUGCUAGAUUACUGGAGAGUACCUGGCGCUCUAUGUAACCUGAUUUCGGACAGUACCCUCUGUGAAGGACAGGAUGGGAAGUGUGUGGGCACGUACACACACACCUGCCUGUGAGAGGCACGGCCACAGGAUGGAGCCCUUUCACUUUCUGAGCCUGCAGCUGUGAGCUCCAAUCAACUACACUGCAAACCAACUCACACGUACAUUUCUUUGUCAACUUAAAGGUGACAUUCCCAGCAGGGAAUAAAUAUAGAACGUGGAACAGUACAGCACAGGAGCAGGCCCUUCGGCCCACAGUGUUGUGCUGAACGAAUUAAACUAGUAAUUAAAUGCCUAGCUAAACUAGUCCCUUCUGCCUACACAGUGUCCACAUCUCUCCAUUCUCUGCACAUUCAUAUGUCUAUCUAACAGCCUCUUAAACCCCUCUAUCGUAUCUGCCUCCACCCCCACCCCUGGCAGCACAUUCCAGACACCCACCACUCUCUGUGUUAAAAAAAACUUCUCAUUUGGCUUACCUCCUCUCACCUUACGUGCAUGCCCUCUAGUAUUAGAUAUUUCAACCUUGGGGAAAAAGAUACCAGCUGUCUACUCUAUCUACACCUCUCAUAAUCUUAUAAACUUCUAUCAGGUCUCCCCUCAGCCUCUUCCAAGUUUGUCCAACCUCUCCUUAUCAUACAUGCCCUCUAAUCCAGACAGUGUUCUGCGAAGCCUCUUCUGCACCCUGUCCAAAGCCGCCACAUCCUUCCUGUAAUGGGGCGACCAGAACUGAAUGCAAUACUCCAGAUGCGGCCUAACCAGAGUUUUAUAAAGUCGCAACAUAACUUCCCGACUCUCGAACUCAAUGCCGUGACGAAUAAAAGCAAGCAUGUCGUACGCCUUCUUCACCACCCUGUGCAGCCACUUUCAUGGAGCUAUGGACUUGGACCCCAAGAUCCCUCUGUACAUCAAUCCUGUUGCUGCAAUUAACUGCGAAAUUUUGAUUUUUUUUUCAAAGAAAACAAUGAAAAUUUAAGUUUAAAGAGGUUUCCCUUUAAAACUUGCAUUGAGAUACUGUCCAUAUAUCGAGAUGGCCUGUGCUGCAAAUGACUUAUUUUUAACACAGGCUUUAGCAUCGGGCCGGAGGUCGUGGGUUCAGUC